AUGAGUACAAGUUUUAAUUUUGACACUUACAUCACAGGAGAUCUAUUAAAUGAGUGUAAGGCGGCAUACCAAUGGGGCAAGAGCUGCCAGAUACGACUGGCUGCCAAGCGAAAUAUGGACCCACAAACAGCAGUUGAACUCAUUCAUCCCCACAUAAGAAACAAUUGGGAAACCGAAACAAUCCCUAAAACAUGGAAGAAAGGCGUUAUAGCCAAGAUUCCCUAUCAGAAACGCGGCCUAUCAAACUGCAAUAAUUGGAGCACCAUCACAUUACUAAACACAACAUAUAAAAUCCUAACAGGAGCAAACAAAAGUUGCCUGGACCAAACGAAUACCCCUCGUAUAAUUGUGGAACAAGCACAUGAAUGGAUAACACAUUUAUGCCUCAUAUUCGUUGAUUUCAAGAAGGCUUUCGACUCCAUUCAUAGAAAUGCAAUACGGAAAGCUUUAGAAAAAAUGAGGAAAAAUGAGAAUGUUCCAAGGAAAAUAAUCAACAUCAUGAUGAACAUGUAUGAAAAUGUGUAA